AUGGAGAACAGAUCUCAUGAUAACCUUAACCGCACUGGCGGGAUACCAGCUUUGAUAGAUGUCAGUGAUAGCGAAAGCGACAUCGGCGGUCGGGAAUCGCCCGGGAUAAUGACCUUAGGCGGGGAUGUAGAGUCGGUUAGACGCCGACCCGCCAACGGAACACGCCCAGCGACCCUCGAUGAAGGCGAACCGAUGGGGAGUGGCGGAGUUGGCGAUCCUCCAAGGGAGCGCGAUGGUAGGUCCAUCGAGAACCGACGACCACAUCUUGCCAACUCACCAGCCCAUGCUGAUGCAUCGAUGACUGCUCCAUCCCCUGGGGCUUAUGCAGGCGGGACCAUAGCAGGGGACCACGCCUCAAACACUGCAGCACCCGUCAUUUCUGGUGUACCCCUUUACCUUGGGGGAGGGCGUCCCCUACCCUCCCAGGUUGAUGGUGUCGGUUUCUACAGGCUUAGCCCACUCGCCGACCGCGCUCGCAACACCCGCCCUCUUAACGCGGAAGUUAUGCGAAUGCUCCUCCAGGACACCCGUUCCACCGACAGCGGGUUCACACUUAAUUCCGGUCGCCACCGAAUUCCGGAAGACCACUUGGAGCGCGGAGGGGAUGAGUCCGCUUAG